AUGGCGCCAUCUACCGCUAUAGAGUCAAAUAAUAAUUCAAAUGGACAAGUUCAUCAAAAUGGUGUUAAAUCAACCACAAAAUCAAUCAAACCAAAUUCUACAGUAGACAGUAUGCAACUCGAGAAUUUACUACUAAGAGAUGAAGAAAUUUUCCAAACAUCUUUAAAUUCAGAUGAUUAUUUAGAUACAUUAGCUCCCAUUAUCAAAAAUGCUGUGAAAUCAAAUGGAUUGUCAGAUCUAAUUUUAAAAUUAAAUGAUAUUGUUAAAUCAAAAGAUGAAGAAUUAAAUUUACAAUCAAUGGAAUCAAUGGAUGAAAUUAAUCUUUGUAUGAGUCACAUAUCAAAUAUUCACAAGGAUGCAGAAGAUUUAAGGAACCACCUAGGUUUAGUUAAUCAAACUUUCAAUAAAUCAUCUAUCGAAUUAAUGUCAAGAAAAAAAAACUACAUCAAGUACAAAGAUGUAUGUAAUAGAAUAAAUGAAUCUCAAGUCGUGUUGAAUGAAUGUAUUCAAGUAUUGGAAUUAAUGAAUAGAAUACUAGAUCUUAUAAAACAAACGAAAUAUUUCCUGGCUUUAAAAUUAAUUGAUGAAAUGAUUAAUAUUCAUAUUCAAAAAGUUAAUGAAUUCAGUUUUGCUAAAAAGAUUAUAAAUUCUAUACCGCAUUUGACGAAAAUGGUAAAAGAUGAUGCAUUUGAAAAUUUAACUAAAUGGCUAUCGUUAAAUCUAGAAAGAAAAUUGCAAACUGUAGGAGAUAUUUUAUACGAAAAUUUAUAUGAUUUACAAGAAAAUUGGAGUCAAAGAAAAAGUGGAAAUUUAACUUAUUUACCUUACAAAUUGAAUUCACCAGUUGAACUAAGUUUAAGAGAUCCUGAUUCAAAUUAUCAAAUUUUUGAAGAUGAAACUUUAAAAAUUCCAUUAAAUAGUGUUUAUGAUGCUAUAUUAGUUUAUCGUACAUUAAAUGAAUUAGAUACUUUAAAAUCAGUUUACAACAAAGAAUUUAUGAAGAAAUAUACUAGAAUCAUAUACCCCAUAACAUCAGCAUCAGCAAACAUUAAAAACAUAACGUUUACUAAAGAAGAAUUAGAUGAUUACCUUAAAAAGAUAAGUGCAUUUUUUGUAAUGGAUAAACAAUUAAAUUUAUUAACUAAAUUUCAAUUACGUUCAAAUACUCAAUCUGAUGAAUUAUGGAUUUCAUAUGUGUCUAAAUUAAAACCAAUUCUUGUAUACAACCUAAAACAAAAUGAUUUUUAUGAUUUAGAUGAUUUAAGUGAUUUUAAAAAUUUAAUUGGUGAUUUUUUACAAAUUAUGGAUUCAAAUGAAUAUGAUGUAACUGAUUUAUAUGAGAUAAUGAUGAUGAUGUUUAAAGAUCAUUUUGCUCCCUUGUUGGUGCAAGAUACGAGAAAGAAUUAUUUAGCAUCAAUGCAAAAAGAAUACACAACUUUAACAGUUGAUCAAAGAACUUAUGAAGCUAUAAUGAAAGUUAUAUUUUAUAGACAAGAUGAUCCUUUUGCUCCCAAGAAUAUCAAAAAGUUCCCAGUUAAUUUCCCAUUUAGUGAAGAUUAUGUUGCAUUUUGUAAGUACCUAAGAAAGAUUAUAAGUUCAUGUAUAAAAUUCAUUGGAGCCUAUUACAAUUAUGAAAUUAAUGAAAUAAAUAAUAUUAUAGUUUAUGAUGUUAUUGAAAAUUUCUUGAGUUAUAAAAAGGGGUUUGGUAUAGCAUGGGAGAUUGAAGAUUUUAUUCAAAAGAAUUCAAAUAACCAAGAAGUCAUAUCACAAAGUUUUGUAAAUUUACAGUAUUACUUAUCAAGUCUAUACGAAGUAGGUCCAUUAAUCAAUUUGAAAUUAAGACGAAAUACAGGUAUGGGAAUUCAUAAUAUAGAUCAUAACAAUACUUUCACAUUAAAAGCAGUAGAAUCAUUUAUAAAACUAAAGAAAUUUUCAGAAGAUAUGGUUUAUAAUAUGGUAGAUAAUAAAAUAAAAGAAUUAUUGGAAUUAGUAGAAUAUGAUGAUUACUUACCAACUAUAAAAACAAGAGAAGCCAAUUUCGCCAUAAAAGAUUUUGCAAUGUUUUUAGAAAAUUUAUUCACUUCAAUUUUUCAAAAUUUACCAUCACAAUUAAGAACUUUAGGAUUAUUCAGAACUUAUGAUUUUGUUUCACAAUAUUUUUUAAAUUUAUUAAAAGAAGCUAGAACUUACAACACAAUAUUUAUUGAAAAUUUCGAUUUAGAUAUAAAAUAUUUAGAACAAUCAAUGCAAAAGUUAAGUCAAAAUGAUUUAGAAACUAGCGAGGAUGACACUUCAGGAAAUGUUGCAAUAGAAUCCACAUUUUCAGAAUUAAGACAAAGUAUAAACUUACUCAAAAAUUCAAAUCAAUAUGAUGAUUUCUUACAGAACAACCUGUUCAGAGUUAGACAAUUUCCUGCACUUAAAUUUGAAGAUGGAAAAUUACUCAUAAGUAAAAUGAAAGGUACAAGAAUUUUAAGUGCUGGCAAUGGAUUUCAUCAGAAUGAUAAUGGGAAUGGUUUAGAUUUUAAUAGAAGAAAUGGAAUGAAUUGA